AUGGCCACAGCGCACCUGCUCCGCCGCGCCUCCUCCGCCUUCCUCUUCAGCACCACCAACCCGUUGCGCUCGUGCUCCCCUCUCGUCCGCCUCCAGCACCCCCGCGCCGCCAUGGCCACCGACUCCUCGACCGCCCCGUUCCAGAAGAUCCAGAUCCAGCGCGAGGACACCACUUUUGAUGCCUAUGUUGUUGGCAAAGAAAAUGCUCCUGGAAUUGUGGUUUUGCAAGAAUGGUGGGGAGUUGACUAUGAGAUAAAGAACCAUGCGAUCCACAUUUCCCAACUUGGUGGAGGAUACAGAGCACUCAUUCCAGAUUUAUACCGUGGAAAAGUUGCUCUUGAUGUUGCUGAGGCACAGCAUCUGAUGGAGGGUCUCGACUGGCAGGGUGCAGUCAAGGAUAUUCAGGCUUCAGUUAAAUGGCUGAAGUCAAAUGGAUCACCCAAGGUUGGUGUUACUGGCUAUUGCAUGGGAGGUGCUUUAUCAAUUGCAAGUGGAGUUUUAGUCCCAGAGGUUGAUGCUGUUGUUGCUUUCUAUGGGACACCAUCUUCUGAGCUUGCUGAUCCUUCUAAGGCUAAGGCUCCUAUACAGGCUCAUUUCGGGGAGCAUGACAGUUUUGUUGGUUUUUCAGAUGUCACUGCAGCCAAGUCCCUGGAGGAGAAGCUCAAAUCUUCAGGGAUACCAUAUGAAGUUCACAUAUACCCUGGAUGUUCACAUGCCUUCAUGAACACUUCGCCUGAGGCCCUCAAGAGGAAGAAGGGGAUGGGUCUGACUGAUGAGAACCAGGAAGCCGUCGACCUGGCCUGGUCUCGCUUCUCUUCUUGGAUGGGCCGUUUCCUCGGAUCUGCUUGA